AUGUCCAUUGUCUGUCCUACUAAUGAUAUCAGCGAGCUGGCUGAAAAGCUUGAGGUGUGUGAGAUGUUUAUGACGAGGUUGCAUCAACAAUUUGAAAGCUAUAAAGAGCAAGUAAGAAAGAUAGGGGAAGAAGCCCGCCGUUACCAGGGAGAGCACAAGGAUGAUGCUCCAACAUGUGGAAUCUGUCAUAAAACAAAGUUUGCAGAUGGUUGUGGCCAUUUAUGCUCUUAUUGCCGGACGAAGUUUUGUGCUCGAUGUGGAGGUCGUGUCUCUCUGCGAUCAAACAAUGAGGACAAAGUGUACAGGAAUACUGUUCCUACUCAUUGUGGAUCACAUUCAACAGUACCUGUAAGAGUUAUGUGGGUAUGCAAUUUAUGUCGAAAGCAACAAGAAAUCCUAACAAAAUCCGGAGCAUGGUUUUUUGGAAGUGGACCACAGCCCUCACCCAGCCAGGACGGAGCACUGAGUGAUACAGCGACUGGGGGAAGCUCGGAUGUGCCGAGAGAAAAGAAAGCAAGACUUCAAGAGCGAUCGAGAUCACAAACUCCCUUAAGUACAGCAACUGCCUCAUCACAGGACAUCUCCGCUUCCAGUGUGCAGUCCGACCGGAGGAAAGGAGCAGAAGUAUCACAGCCGGCUAUGGGCCUGGAUCAAAAGCAAGUUUCAUCAAGGUCUAGAAGUGAACCUCCAAGAGAAAGGAAGAAGACAAUAUUGGUUUCCGACCAGCAUGGCAAAGGUUUAAAGAGUGAGCGUAAGCGUGUGCCAAAAUCCUCACUUCAGAAAGAAGGACCAGCGGAUGACAGGGAGCGUAAAGAACGUCAUGAAGGUAGAAGGCUGGAGAAAGGCAGGUCACAGGACUACCCAGACUUGCCAGAGAAACUUGAGGAAGGUAAAGUGCCUGAUGAUGACAAACAAAGGAAGGAAGAUGAAUAUCAUACCCGUUACAGGAGUGACCCCAAUCUGGCAAGAUAUCCUGUAAAACCACAUCCUGAGGAACAGCAGAUGCGCAUGCAUGCAAAAGUUUCUAAAGCGCGGCACGAGAGAAGACACAGUGAUGUAGCUUUGCCACAUACAGAAAUGGAGGAAGCGGAGGUACCUGAGAAUAAAUUAGGAAAACGCUCACAAUUACAGGGAACUCAGGACAGAAAAUCUCUUGUGGAAACUCAGAGGUCAUACUCUAUAGACAGAACAGGUGAUGUAAGAAUUUCUGUUUCUAAACAAUUAACUAAUCAUAGCCCACCAACUCCCAGGCAUAGUCCAGUUCCUAUAGAACACGUAGAAUACAAGAACCACGAUUCCUUUAAAAAACAGAGCCGCCUUGAUCCUAGCUCUGCUAUUCUCAUGCGAAAAGCAAAGCGGGAGAAAAUGGAGACCAUGCUAAGGAAUGAUUCCCUUAGCUCUGACCAGUCGGAAUCAGUGCGGCCAUCGCCUCCAAAGCCUCAUAGAGCAAAAAGAGGCGGAAAGAAAAGGCAGAUGUCAGUUAGUAGCUCAGAGGAAGAAGGGGCAUCAACACCAGAAUAUACUAGCUGUGAAGAUGUGGAGAUAGAAAGUGAAAGUGUCAGUGAAAAAGGUGACUUGGAUUAUUACUGGCUGGAUCCUGCCACGUGGCACAGCAGGGAGACAUCCCCUAUUAGUUCGCAUCCAGUAACGUGGCAGCCUUCUAAAGAGGGCGAUCGCUUAAUUGGGCGUGUUAUUCUUAACAAAAGAACAACCAUGCCAAAAGAAUCAGGUGCAUUGUUGGGACUAAAAGUUGUUGGAGGAAAAAUGACAGAACUGGGACGACUCGGUGCCUUUAUUACCAAAGUGAAGAAAGGUAGCUUGGCUGAUGUGGUGGGGCAUCUCAGAGCAGGGGAUGAAGUUCUAGAAUGGAAUGGUAAACCCUUACCUGGAGCUACAAAUGAAGAAGUUUACAACAUUAUUUUAGAAUCAAAAUCAGAACCUCAAGUUGAAAUUAUUGUUUCAAGGCCUAUUGGUGAUAUUCCACGGAUUCCCGAGACUUCUCACCCCCCAUUAGAGUCUAGUUCAAGUUCUUUUGAAUCUCAGAAGAUGGAAAGGCCUUCUAUUUCUGUUAUAUCUCCAACCAGCCCUGGAGCCCUACGGGAUGCACCACAAGUCCUACCAGGGCAGCUUUCUGUUAAACUGUGGUACGACAAAGUGGGACAUCAGUUAAUAGUAAAUGUUCUUCAAGCAACAGAUUUGCCACCAAGAGUAGAUGGACGCCCCAGGAAUCCUUAUGUAAAAAUGUAUUUUCUUCCAGACAGAAGUGAUAAGAGUAAAAGGAGGACCAAAACAGUAAAGAAAAGUCUAGAGCCAAAAUGGAACCAAGCUUUUCUCUACUCACAUGUACAUCGUAGAGAUUUUAGAGAACGAAUGCUUGAAAUAACAGUAUGGGAUCAGCCAAGAGUACAAGAAGAAGAGAGUGAAUUUCUUGGAGAGAUUCUUAUAGAGCUGGAGACAGCACUUUUAGAUGAUGAACCACAUUGGUAUAAGCUACAGACACAUGAUGAAUCUUCACUACCUCUGCCUCAACCAUCACCUUUCAUGCCAAGAAGACAUGUUCAUGGUGGAGAAAGCGCUAGCAAAAAAUUACAAAGGUCUCGGCCAAUCAGUGAUAGUGACAUCUCAGAUUAUGAUGUUGAUGAUGGUAUUGGAGUUGUUCCUCCAGUAGGUUAUAGAUUUAGUGCUAGAGAAAGUAAAUCUACAACGCUAACUGUGCCAGAACAGCAAAGAACAACACAUCAUCGUUCACGAUCUGUAUCUCCUCACCGUGGCGACGAUCAGGGCAGGACCCGUUCACGUUUACCAAAUGUGCCAUUACAGAGGAGUUUAGAUGAAAUUCAUCAAAUGAGAAGAUCACGUUCUCCAACUAGACACCAUGAUGCCUCCAGAACUCCAGUUGAUUACAGAUCCAGAGACAUGGAUAGUCAGUAUUCGUCUGAUCAAGAAAGUGAGCUUCUUAUGCUGCCCAGAGCAAAACGAGGAAGAAGUGCAGAGUGCCUACAUACCAUCAGCUCAACUCUUCCUGCAUAUGCUAAGACCAAAUCAGUGAUUAGACAGGAUAUUUCACUUCUUCGUGAUUGCCUUAAUUCACGAAUACCGAAAUUUGGAGAUGACCUACGGGUUAGUGAACUACAGCCCUCCCUUGACAGGGCUAGGAGUGCUAGUACCACCUGCUUGAGACCAGAUACUAGUUUGCAUUCACCAGAACGAGAAAGGGGUAGAUGGUCCCCCUCCCUAGAGAGGAGACGACCUACUAGUCCCAGGAUUCAUAUCCAGCAUGCAUCUCCGGAGGAUGACAGGCAGUCCAGAAAAGUGGAAAGAUAUAGCAGCCAAAAACAAGCUAGGAAAGGCUCCACAACUGAAACAGAAAGGGGUCUGCCACCAUGUCUUUCUAGAAGGGGACUUCCAACCCCACGAACGACUGAACAACCAGUCAUUAGGGGAAAACAUCACGCUCGCUCAAGGUCGAGCGAGCACUCUAAUAUCAGACCCUUAUGCUCUGUACAUCACCUAGCGCCCGGAGGGUCGGCUCCACCUUCUCCACUUCUGACAAGAAUACACCAACAAGGAAGUCCCACCCAGUCUCCUCCUGCGGACACAUCCUUCAGCAGUCGCAGGGGAAGACAGCUACCACAAGUUCCAGUAAGAAGUGGCAGUAUAGAGCAAGAACAAGAGACUUUUAACUCUUCCACAAAAGCAAGCUUAGUAGUGGAGGAGCGAACGAGACAGAUGAAAAUGAAAGUGCACCGUUAUAAUCAGACAUCAGUGUCUGGUUCUAGCCAAGAACAUGAGCGUGAGCAAUAUACCAAGUAUAAUAUACAAACAGAUCAGUACAGAAGUUGUGAUAACGUCUCUGCCAAAUCAUCAGAUAGUGAUGUCAGUGAUGUGUCAGCCAUUUCCCGAACCAGCAGUGCCUCACGCCUCAGCAGCACAAGUUUUAUGUCAGAGCAAUCUGAACGCCCUUGGGGCAGAAUCAGUACAUUUACUAAAAUGCAAGGCAGACGGAUGGGGACUUCAGGGAGAAUCACUAAGAGCACAAGUGUGAGCGGAGAGAUGUAUAAGCUGGAGCACAAUGACGGGAGUCAGUCGGACACGGCUGUCGGCACGGUUGGAACAGGUGGGAAGAAAAGGCGUUCCAGCCUUAGUGCCAAAGUGGUUGCCAUAGUGUCUCGAAGGAGCAGAAGCACAUCUCAACUUAGCCAAACAGAGGCUGGCAACAAGAAGCUAAAGAGCACGAUACAGAGAAGCACAGAGACAGGAAUGGCAGCAGAGAUGAGAAGUCGUAUGGUUCGACAGCCAAGUCGAGAAUCCACUGAUGGCAGCAUAAAUAGUUAUAGCUCUGAGGGCAACUUAAUAUUUCCUGGAGUGCGGCUGGGCGCUGACAGUCAGUUUAGUGAUUUCCUCGAUGGACUUGGACCUGCACAGUUAGUAGGCCGACAAACGCUAGCAACCCCGGCCAUGGGGGACAUCCAGAUUGGAAUGGUGGAUAAGAAGGGCCAGUUAGAAGUAGAAGUCAUUAGAGCCCGCGGCCUCACACAGAAACCUGGCUCCAAAUCUACCCCAGCUCCGUAUGUCAAAGUGUAUUUAUUGGAAAAUGGAGCAUGUAUAGCUAAGAAGAAGACAAGAAUUGCACGGAAGACCCUUGAUCCUUUGUACCAACAGACACUGGUUUUUGAUGAAAGUCCGCAGGGUAAAGUCCUUCAGGUAAUAGUUUGGGGAGACUACGGCCGAAUGGACCACAAAUGCUUCAUGGGAGUCGCCCAGAUCCUUCUGGAGGAACUGGAUCUGUCCAGUGUGGUAAUAGGCUGGUACAAAUUAUUUCCACCUUCAUCACUAGUGGAUCCAACCUUGACUCCCCUGACACGCAGGGCUUCCCAGUCGUCUCUGGAAAGUUCAACUGGGCCUCCCUGCAUUAGAUCGUAGUAGCAGGUGCUGUCUGAUAAAAUCGCCACCCCGGAUAACAAUUGGAACCAGAUAUUCACAUGAUCAAAAAACACUGUUGGAGAGAGACAAUCACUUCUGUUUUUGCUUGUAGUAGUUAUCUAAAAAUAUGUCUGUCUGUCGAGAGAUGGCUUAAAUUGACAGAACAAAGGUGUAUCGCAUAUGGCCAAUCUAUUAGCGGCUAUCACCGAUGCUUAUCACAAUCCAAAAAAAGAAAAAAAAAAGAGAG